GCCCACCAUGAUGAAGUCUGAGAAGAAACAAGAAACAUUUGGCAACCUAGGCCCCUGGGCCGAGCCGUCAUGGUACUCGUCGCUCGCCUCGCCCUACUACAACGACUCGCACAAGAAGCUACGCGACACGAUGCGCAACUACAUCGACACGCACGUGAAACCGUACAUGCUAGACUGGGAAGAAGCCGGCGAAGCCCCCGAGCAAGAGCGCCUCAAAUGGGCGCAAACGGGCUUUGCCUUUACCGACGUGCCUGCGCCGUACCGGCCUGCCAAUGUGCCUGGCCCCGCGGGCAUACCCGUGGCAGAGCUAGACAUGUUCCACUUACUCAUCAUGGCGGAUGAGAGCAGCAGAAUGGAGGGCGGCGUCAACAUGGCACUCGAAGGCGCCAGUGUAAUCGGCGUGCCGCCCAUUGUGCAUCACGGGACGGAAGAGCAGAAGCAGAAAUGGCUGCCGGGCCUGUUUACGUGGGAAACGAGUUUCUCGCUGGGAAUCACGGAGCCGGGAGGUGGGUCCGACGUAGCCAACAUGCAAACCACGGCUACAAAGACGCCCGACGGCAAAUCCUACAUUGUCAACGGCUACAAGAAAUGGAUCACGGGCAUGCCCUGGGCCACACACAUGACGACGGCCGUGCGCACCGGCGGCCCCGGCGCCUCAGGCCUCUCCCUCCUCGUCAUCCCCACGUCGUCCCCAGGCCUCAGGCACCGCCGCAUCACCAACAGCGGACAGCGCUCCGGCGGCGCCAGCUUCGUGGAACUCGACAAUGUCGUGGUCCCCGCGAGCAAUCUGCUCGGCGCCGAGAACAGCGGCUUCAAAAUCAUCAUGCGCAACUUCAACAAAGAGCGCUUCAUCAUGGCCGUCGGCUGCAACCGCAAAGCACGCACCUGUCUCUCCGAAGCCACAGCCUACGCCUCGCUGCGCCACACUUUCGGCAAACCGCUGCUCGCAAACCAGGUCAUCGCCGCUAAACUCGCGACUCUCGCCCGCUACGUAGAAUCUCACUUUGCAUGGCUCGAGCAACUCGCCUUCCACAUCCACGCUUCGCCUACCGGCUGGCAGGAUCCCACUAUCGCGGGCCAAAUUGCCCUCUGCAAGGUGCAUGGCGGCCGCCUUCUCGAGCUCGCGAGCAGAGAGGCCCAGCAGGUUUUUGGCGGCGCCGGGUACCAAAAGGGCGGCGGGCCGGGCGCCCUCGUCGAGCAGAUUAGUCGCGAUUUGAGGAUGAUGGUGGUGGGAGGCGGCAGCGAGGAGAUUAUUGCUGAUUUGGCGCUUCGCCAGGAGUUGGCGCUUGCCAAGAGGAGGGGGUGGAAGCUGUGAUGUUGAUUGCUCGUCUACUUUUAUUUGCUGUCGUGUGUUUUGGGUCCUUGUUUUACUGGGUGGGUUGAACAACAUGUACGUAAGUAGCUCGUGUGCUGAUUGACGAGCAUCACUACUGCAAUCUUAGACUCAUCAAGUUUUCAAAUAGCCACCAUGCAUCACAU